AGUCCCGAUUGUCUUUGGAAUGAGUCACCCGGAACAUCUCUGGGAAAGAAGACAGUAUUUUUUUCUUAAUCGUCAUCGAUAACCUUUGACUAGAUUUAAAGUUUAAAUAAGUUUUUAUUCUUGUCAUGGAUACUGUGGGUAUUAUUAAACAUAAAAUUACUUUCCCUAAUGCAGAUUCUGAAGAUGACAAUUUUACAUUUCUCCCAGAAGACGACUUGAAGUUGAACUUGAAGAAACGACCGGUGGUGAUUGUACUGGGAUGGGCUGGUUGUACUGAGCGACACCUGUCAAAGUACAGUGCAAUAUACGAACAACGAAGAUUCAUCACAGUCCAGUACACAGCACCAACAGACAUUCUGUUUUUCAGUGGGAAUGCUGCCAAGCUGAAAAUCAUUGCCCAAAAACUCCUGGACAUUUUAUUUGAACAUAACUUGGAAGAUCACCCUCUAUUUUUUCACAUUAUGAGCAAUGGAGGUGGUUUUGUUUACAACAACCUCACAGCCUGGAUUCAUUCAUCAAGCAAGUACAGCAGACUUCAAGUAUACGGAUGUAUCUAUGAUAGCUGCCCGGGUAAACGGCGGAUCCUGAAAGCUGUGAAGGCAUUCAUGGCAUCGCUUAGAGUGAACACUUUUCUCAGAUACCUCUUUGGCUUUGGACUCCUCCUGAUUAUGACUGCAGCAAAAAUUAUCACCAGUCUAUUCCCCUAUUUCAGCAAUAUGAAGAAACCGUUUGUUCUGUAUGAGGAUCUAGUGCAGGACAAUGCAAGGUGUCCACAGCUGCUUCUGUAUUCCUCUAAUGACGACGUGGUUCUUCAAUGCGAUAUAGUAGAGUUCAUCUCACAACGACUGAAGCUGGGCAUAAAGGUGUGGAGCAUGUGCUGGGAAGACUCCAAACAUGUCGCCCAUUUGCUGUCUCACCGUGAAGCCUACAUCAACAAGUGCAAUAGUUUUGUGAACUAUUGUUUACAACAAACUCCUAGUCAAUCUAGUUGAUAAUACUGUAUAUGUCUUUCUUUUUAUAUAUACAGUCGACCUUCGAUAACUCAAACUUCGAUCUUUCGUAAACGUCGAUCUCUCGAAGUGAAACGGCGGUCCCGGCCGAACUGUUAUACAAACUAGUAAUAACA